AUGUCCACGCAAGCCCUCGAUGAACUAACGUCGACCGUUUGCGGUGCGGUUACGCUGCUCACUCAGCACAGGAAGGCCAACUUCUUAUUGGAUACGGCGCUCACACUCAUCGACGCUGGACAAUAUGGACCAGAGGUGGAGAAUUACUUUGAGGUUUACUUGAAGACCCCAGGCCUGCCGAAGGAGGAUAUUUCACGAGCAUUAUUAGCCCGAGGGAAUGCGAGAAAACAAGGUGGAGAAAGAUUGUUAGCGAAAGCAGAUGAAGAUUUCCAAGCUGUUUUGAAGCUUGAUCCCACGAACAAAGAGCUCCAACACCGUUUCCGCCGAAAGGUGAUGCGUUUCCAGAACGAACCAGCGUCGCAAAGGGCGCCGCUGGAGAUCUGGGAGCGGAUAGCAGGCCACACUCCUCGAUACCACCUCCGGACAUGGCUAUUCGUUUCAGCGUUCCAUCGCGAUAUCGCGGUCCGCCACAUCUUCCGUACAGUCGACAUCUACUUCGGCGAAGACCCAGAGAAUUUGACCAGAGGACUGGACAUCUUCGAUAGAGCCAAAAGCGACCCCGUAUUUGCCAGUCGAGUCAAGUCUUUGAGGCUUCAUUGGGCCUACGAGGAGGGCGACAUGCUGGAUCUAAUGACGCGAAUUUUCAGGACGGCUCUUCCGGAAUUCAAAGCUCUCCGCGACUUCGAAUGGAUCGGAUAUCCCGAAAUGCGCGCGGACAUGGUGCAGGCCGUGCUCGCAAGCCACAAGCACCUCCACGGACUAGGCCUCAUCGGGUGGCACUUCGACGCCGUCGGCGUGUCGGCGUUCCGAAAUCUACGGAAAUUCACUCUCCGAGCCGAGGACGACGAUGGGUUCGCAGACAUGGGCGAGGUGCGGACGGUGCUGGACCAGAACGAACACACACUCCGACACCUCAUUCUCGGAGCAUACCUUGCACGGCACCAUUCGUGGGAUACGGCCUUCCAGUCGGUGACAAUCAAGAACCUGACCCAUCUCGACCUCGUCGACACCUUGAUCUCACACGUUGUCCUCGCCCGUAUCGCCCACGCCCAUAACCUGCAAAGCCUGACUCUGCACGGCACCUUCGAGGAGCCCAACUCGGCAGCGGUCGUGUUUGCGAGUGAUCAGAUCAUCGAUGGCCAGCAUACCUUUUUGCCCCAUCUGCAUUCGUUCCGGUUCUUGAUGGUCGGGCACGACGACGAGCAUGCCCUAUAUCAUGCUGUGACGCAGUUCCUUCACAAGCGACAAAAGUUGAGGAGGUUGGACCUGGGCAGUUGUCCGUGGGAGAUGGUCCUGGACCUCCUACCUGACCUGCGGAGCGUCAGAGUCCUUGGGGUCCGAAUCGCCCAUUUGACCCAAGUAGCAGUAAACGCUCUUGUACGGUCAAUUCCUGAGCAGAUGCUCGCCAUCAGCGUCUCUACAUCUGUUUCCGAGAAACCCUUACCCAACCUAAUGUCAGAGAAGGACUUUCAGGUGCAAACGGAGCUCUGGAUGUCGAACGCUCGGAGCGUGGCCCUCGCCAUCCCCUCAGUGGAUUUCCUGGGGUGGCAUGGAGAGCACUAUGUCAUAGUGCGAUCGGAUUCCGUAGUGGAGUUGAAAGAACUACCAACCAGAAGACGACUAGACUGCGGAAAAGGUGUGGAUUUAGGGAGCGAGGAUGCCGCGUGGCUUGAGCGAAAGGACGUUCCAAUGGACUAUGAGAUUCCCGGGUUGGAUUAA